CUCCUGUCCGUUUCUGAGCUUUCCUCUUCGUAACUUGUCCAUCCCGACUCCUACAUUCCCUGCUAAUUUCGAAUAGCUCCACAAGGAUUCGUCAACUACUUGAUCUAUUGGGAGCUGCUGCUUACCGGUUCAAAAAUGGAGAGAUUUUCUCAAAGAGAAAGCAUUCUCUUAGGCUACAAUCAUCAAAGGCCGUCCACAAAUCCGAGCACCCCACUCCGAAACUCGGACGUUGAUUUCCACGAUGUGUUCGGGGGCCCACCGAGGCGUUCUUCCGUUCAGGAGAUGCGUUGCGUAUCGGCGAAUCGCCGGAUCUCGGUGCAUCGCAGAUGGAGGAGGAUGCUAGUUGGUGUGCGUGGCCUCGUGUUCGUGAGAAACCUGUGUUCGGGGAAGAUUAUUUGAACAGGAGGCGGUACGCGAACGAUAACUUCUACGACGACAUAUUUGGAGGAGAUGAGUCUCCGUGUCGUACUCCGAUCAAGCAUGAACGACACCCUUUCUCUUCGACGCCAGGUUCCAGAAUUUUGAGCCCUGUCCCUCCUCUGCCUCCCGCACCUGAUUCCAUCAGUCCUUCUUCUCUCCCUUCAACUCUGAGCCUUCCUGCCAAAUUGACAAAAGGCACGGACCUUCCAACGUUUGGUUCCCCUGCUAGAAGCCUACGCAUGAGCAACAAGGAUGCCGCUUCAAAUGGCUUAAGCUCUUCAGAUUCUCCAGCCACUCAUCUUUCUAGAUUUUCAAGCCACACAACUCGAGGUAUGGAGGAGUCAAAGAAUGGUUCGGGAACUAUGCGGCCAAGUCGUUCAUCACAAGAGAUUUCAGACUUGAGCAUAUCUGAUAAAGCAGACAAAGGAGGCGAUAGUGCAGGUCAGUUCCAUUUCUCAAUAUAUAAAUGGGCAAGUAAGGGGGUAGUGCCACUGUUGAUGCCUCUUCGGACAGAAAGAAACUCAAGAACAAAAGAAAAUGUUAAACUUGAGAGAUGCUCCAGCACUAAGGAUUGGAUGGUAAGAGAAAGUACUUCACAAAAUGAUAAUUCUUUAGCAUAUACAGUUUCCUCUUCGUUGAAAAACAGAAGACAAGAUCGGUCAACUACUUUUGUAACCCCUCAGAAUGGGUCAGAUACGCUCGAAGAAAGAGCUUCUGCGAAACGUAAUUUAACAACCUUAAGCACCCUUCAAAAUAUUAUCAAAGAUGUUCCUGGUAGUUCUUUGUCUUCUGACACUCGAGCAGAAUCGAGUAUCUGUUCUGUAAGUGGGAGAGAAUUUUCUGGAAAAAUGAAAGAGGAUUUAGUUCAGACAAUUAAAACUCAGAGAGUUGAGUCAAAAUCAUCACAUUCUCUAAUCAGCAAAAGCGAUGACACACAAGAUUAUACUGAGAAGACUAAAAUGGAGAAAGGAAUAGAAAGCAAAACUCCGAAGUCAUCUGCUAUUCGCGACAUUAGUACUACUUGGAAGAGACAAGUAGAAAAGACAGCUGACUUGAAUGGUGUAGAAGGAAGUAAAGCUACCUUGCAAAGUAUGGAGAAUGUCAAAGUGAAAGGAAAAGUCAAAGAAUUUGUUCGAAUAUUCAGCCAAGAAGCUGUUACGAAGCCAAGAGUUGGCACCAAAUCGUCUGAGUACAAGCUGAGAAGUGCUUUAAGAACAACAGAAGAAGCAGAAGAUAAUCCUCAAAUUUUAAAGAAAGUGGACUCUGCUACGGAGAUUACCAACACUUCUGGUGAUAAUUUGUUUCGGCAGGAUGAUAUCUCGGCAUCAGGUACCACUGCCAAAAUUCUUGAUAGUACAGUUGCGGUUGAAGACGGGUUUUUCCAUGGGAAUUUUCGGGUAAGGGAGCUAGCGCAAGAUGACAAUGAAGUCUUCCAAACCCAGAAUAAUCAAGAAAUCAAAGUUAUUGAUGAUAAGAUACGGCAAUGGUCUAACGGGAAGCAAGGAAAUAUACGGUCCCUGCUAUCAACAUUACAAUAUGUGCUUUGGCCUGACAGUGGCUGGAAGCCUUUGCCUCUUGUUGAUAUAAUCGAAGGGAAUGCAGUGAAAAGAGCAUAUCAAAGGGCUUUACUCUGCCUACAUCCGGAUAAGCUGCAGCAGAAGGGUGCUGCUUCUCAUCAGAAAUACAUUGCGGAAAAAGUUUUUGAUAUUUUGCAGGAGGCAUGGACUCAUUUCAACAUGCUGGGUGCCCUCUAACCUCUGUCAAUACCGAUAAAGGGGAAAAAACCCUAAUGAGAAUUUGCUCUGUCAACAAUGAUUGAUCCGUUUAGCAAAAUUCAUGUGAUUAAGCGCAGCCGCAGCUAUUUCUUUUAGUAGAUUGUAAAUGAUUGAUUCCGAAAAUGUCCUAUUUUCAACGGUGGCAUACACACGGGCCUUUUCUUUUCCUUUUUCUAGGUCUUUAUACUUUGAUUGCAUUUUAUUUUUAAUGUCUAAUUUUUUUUUCAGUGCAAACAAUAGUUCUAUCACAAUGUAGAAAUCAAUCCUUUUUUGUAUGCAUUUGUAGCAAAUGAUUACGUAUAUUACAUGUUAAGAUUGCCAAGCUUCUA